AUGUCCUUUGGUAAAUCAGGGCGGUUAAGUAUCCUUAAUAGGCCUAACAAGGCUUUAACUCGGGGGACCGAGAAAGACACUACUGUACAAAGGACAAUUAGCCUCAAUGCUACCAACGUUAAUACUAAUUUAAAUCCCGAUGAUGAUUACGAACGUGAAAAUGAGAGCAGUAAAAAGACUCAGAUUUGGGAAACUAUUAAAGCUGUUGGUAGAAAGUAUGUGAAAUUCAUUGGGCCCGGCCUUCUUGUCAGUGUGGCCUACAUCGAUCCCGGUAACUAUUCCACCUCCGUGAGUGCUGGUGCUUCCAAUCAAUUCUCGUUACUUUGCAUAAUUCUUUUAUCCAAUUUUAUUGCAAUCUUUCUACAAUGUCUCUGUAUUAAAUUGGGGUCAGUUACUGGUCUUGAUCUUUCCAGGGCCUGUAGAACUUAUUUACCACGGUGGAUAAAUAUAACACUCUAUGUUUUUGCAGAAUGUGCAAUUAUUGCCACAGAUGUCGCUGAAGUUAUUGGUACUGCUGUAGCCCUUAAUAUUCUUCUUAAGAUUCCACUACCCGCAGGUGUUGUCAUUACAGUCGUCGAUGUGUUUGCAGUAAUGUUCACAUAUAAACAAGGGACUUCUUCUUUAAACUUUAUCAAAUAUUUUGAAUACAGUGUGGCACUUUUAGUUUUGGGGGUUUGUGUAUGCUUUGCUAUUGAAUUGAACUAUUUACCAGCAGAUACUUCUGCUGCUAAAGUGUUUAGAGGAUUUGUUCCCUCAUCUCAGAUGGUAGAACACAAUGGGUUGUAUACGGCAAUCUCCAUUCUAGGUGCUACCGUGAUGCCUCAUUCAUUAUUCUUGGGUUCAGGAUUGGUGCAACCAAGAUUAUUAGAUUAUGAUGUUACCCAUGGUAACUAUUCUGUCACUGAGAGUGAAUUGGAAGGUAAAAAGACAGAUGAAGAAGUUAGAGACCAGAAAUAUUUCGAGUAUAAACCUUCCAUGGAAGCUAUCAAAUAUUGUAUGAAAUAUUCUUUUGUGGAAUUAGCAUUAACAUUGUUCACGUUGGCUCUUUUCGUGAACUGUUCCAUUCUUAUAGUAGCAGGUGCUACUCUAUACGGUACCCCAGGUGCCGCGGAUGCAGAUCUUUAUUCCAUUCAUAAUUUAUUGUCACAUAAAAUUGCCCCUGCUGUUGGUACGUUGUUCAUGACUGCACUUUUACUCAGUGGUCAGUCUGCAGGUGUAGUUUGUACAAUGGCAGGUCAAAUUGUUUCUGAGGGGCACAUCAAUUGGACUUUAAAACCUUGGCAAAGACGAUUGUUGACGAGGUGCAUUUCAUUAGUUCCUUGUCUUGUCAUUUCCAUCUGUAUUGGUAGAGAAGCGUUGUCCAAGGCAUUAAAUGCUUCACAAGUGGUAUUAUCUAUUCUUUUACCAUUCUUAGUGGCACCGUUAAUCUUUUUCACUUGUAAGAAAUCAAUUAUGAAGGUGGAAGUCUCUGAAGAAAAUACCGAUGCUGGUGCCUUUGAAAAUGAGAGGAGGACAAAAACUGUGAAUAUGGCUAACGGUUGGAUUACAUCGAUCUGUGCGAUAUUUGUUUGGGUGUUUUUAAGUUUCUUAAAUGUUUACGCAAUCGUGGAACUCGGACUUUCAGGUGGUGAUCUUAACUGA